ACAACGAGUCAGCCGAGGACAGAAACCCUAGAAAUCGUCCGAGUCGAGUUAAUUCGCCUCUCACCCAGCUCUAUCUCGCCCCGUGACUCGUCGUCCCCUUCACCCGCGAAAACGCUUCUUCGAUUCGUAGCUUAAAAAUUCGUACCUCGCCGUCUAAAAAUGUGUUCUAACUUCGCUUAAAGCUCUACCCUCCAUUUUCUCUGGUCUGAGAAAUCGACGAAACCGGAAAAAUCUCGCCUCCGGUUACGAAAGCUCUCAGCUUCUUCUUAGAUGUUCUUGUAGAUUGAGGCUGCUGCACUGGUUUGUGGAACUGUGAAAGUUUGAAGCUUGUUAAAUGGUUUAACAAUGGCUCCACUUGGAUCAAUUGGAGUGGUUGACCCUGGAUGGGAGCACGGUGUUGCACAAGACGAACGUAAGAAGAAGGUUAAAUGCAAUUACUGUGGGAAGGUAGUGAGCGGAGGAAUUUACAGAUUGAAGCAACACUUGGCUCGGGUAUCAGGAGAAGUGACUUAUUGUGAUAAGUCUCCAGAGGAAGUAUGUUUGAGGAUGAAGGAGUUUCUUGAACGGAGUCGUUCCGCCAGAAAGUCUUGUUACAGUUUCCAACAAUCUAACAAUGAUGAUGAAGUGGAAAAUGAUGGGGAGCGGCGUUGUUGGUCUAAAAGAAGUAAAGGAAAGCUAGGGUUGAGUGAUGGGAGUAGUCUUCUUCGGUCUUCAGGUUAUAUUGAUCCUGGAUGGGAACAUGGUGUUGCUCAGGACGAGAGGAAAAAGAAAGUGAAGUGUAAUUAUUGUAACAAGAUUGUGAGUGGUGGUAUUAACCGUUUUAAACAGCAUCUUGCGAGAAUACCUGGAGAGGUUGCGCCGUGUAAAACUGCUCCUGAGGAGGUUUAUGUUAAGAUUAAGGAGAAUAUGAAAUGGCAUCGAGCUGGGAAGAGACAGAACAGACCUGAUGAUGAAAUGGGAGCGUUAAAUUUCAGAACUGUCUCUCAGGAUCCUGAGCAAGAAGAAGAAGAAGGAGAAGAACAUCAUGACGUCUAUCCAAUUAACCAAGAUAGGUUGAUGCUGGGAAAUGGAAGGUUUAGUAAAGACAAAAGAAAGAGCUUUGAUUCAAUGAACACUAGAUCUGUCUCUGAAGCAAGACCAAGAAGGCAAAGGGUUAUCCCGUUUCAGUCACCUUCUUCGAGCAAGCAGAGAAAAAUAUACUCUAGCUGUUCAAACAGAGUUGUAUCACGAAAAGACGUCACAUCCUCCAUUUCCAAAUUCUUCCACCAUGUUGGAGUUCCCACAGAAGCAGCAAGUUCUCUCUACUUUCAAAAGAUGAUUGAAUUGAUUGGUCUGUACGGAGAGGGUUUUGUUGUGCCUUCGAGUCAUCUGUUUUCUGGUAGGCUUUUACAGGAAGAGAUUUCAACUAUCAAAAGCUACUUGAGGGAGUACAGAUCUUCUUGGGUGGUUACAGGUUGUUCUAUAAUGGCAGAUACUUGGACCAACACAGAGGGCAAGACAAUGAUCAGUUUCUUGGUCUCUUGCCCUCGCGAAUCUAACAAUGAUGAUGAAGUGGAAAAUGAUGGGGAGCGGCGUUGUUGGUCUAAAAGAAGUAAAGGAAAGCUAGGGUUGAGUGAUGGGAGUAGUCUUCUUCGGUCUUCAGGUUAUAUUGAUCCUGGAUGGGAACAUGGUGUUGCUCAGGACGAGAGGAAAAAGAAAGUGAAGUGUAAUUAUUGUAACAAGAUUGUGAGUGGUGGUAUUAACCGUUUUAAACAGCAUCUUGCGAGAAUACCUGGAGAGGUUGCGCCGUGUAAAACUGCUCCUGAGGAGGUUUAUGUUAAGAUUAAGGAGAAUAUGAAAUGGCAUCGAGCUGGGAAGAGACAGAACAGACCUGAUGAUGAAAUGGGAGCGUUAAAUUUCAGAACUGUCUCUCAGGAUCCUGAGCAAGAAGAAGAAGAAGGAGAAGAACAUCAUGACGUCUAUCCAAUUAACCAAGAUAGGUUGAUGCUGGGAAAUGGAAGGUUUAGUAAAGACAAAAGAAAGAGCUUUGAUUCAAUGAACACUAGAUCUGUCUCUGAAGCAAGACCAAGAAGGCAAAGGGUUAUCCCGUUUCAGUCACCUUCUUCGAGCAAGCAGAGAAAAAUAUACUCUAGCUGUUCAAACAGAGUUGUAUCACGAAAAGACGUCACAUCCUCCAUUUCCAAAUUCUUCCACCAUGUUGGAGUUCCCACAGAAGCAGCAAGUUCUCUCUACUUUCAAAAGAUGAUUGAAUUGAUUGGUCUGUACGGAGAGGGUUUUGUUGUGCCUUCGAGUCAUCUGUUUUCUGGUAGGCUUUUACAGGAAGAGAUUUCAACUAUCAAAAGCUACUUGAGGGAGUACAGAUCUUCUUGGGUGGUUACAGGUUGUUCUAUAAUGGCAGAUACUUGGACCAACACAGAGGGCAAGACAAUGAUCAGUUUCUUGGUCUCUUGCCCUCGCGGAGUCUACUUCCACUCCUCGAUUGAUGCCAGUCAUAUAAUGGAAGAUGCCUUAACCCUUUUCAAGUGUCUAGACAAACUAGUUGACGACAUUGGCGAGGAAAAUGUGGUUCAGGUUAUUACACAGAACACUGCUAUCUGGAGAAGUGCCGGAAAAUUACUUGAAGAAAAGAGAAAGAAUUUGUAUUGGACUCCUUGUGCAAUGCAUUGCACAGAACUGAUUUUUGAAGACAUCUCAAAGCUUGAGUUUGUCUCCGACUGUUUAGAGAAAGCACAAAGAAUCACAAGAUUUAUUUACAGUCAGACAUGGCUACUUAAUCUUAUGAAGAACAAAUUCACACAGGGACUAGAUCUUCUUAGACCAGCAGUCAUGCGCUACGCUUCCGGUUUCGCCACUCUUCAAAGCCUAAUGGACCACAAGGCCGGUCUCAGACGUCUGUUUCAAUCCAGCGGCUGGAUUUUGUCACAGACCGCUGCCAAUUCUGAAGAGGGAAGAAAAGUGGAAAUGAUGGUGUCUAGUGCUGCGUUUUGGAAGAAGGUUCAGUAUGUUUUGAGCUCGGUUGAUCCAGUGAUGCAGGUGAUACGCAUGAUGGAUGAUGAUGGCGAGAGACUAUCUUUGCCAUAUGCUUACGGUUACAUGUACUGUGCAAAACUGGCGAUAAAGUCUAUUCAUAGCGAUGAUGCUAGGAAAUACGGACCGUUCUGGCGUGUGAUAGAUUACCAUUGGAACCCAUUGUUUCAUCAUCCUCUCUAUGUGGCUGCAUAUUUCUUCAACCCGGCAUAUAGAUAUCGUCCUGAUUUUAUGGCGCAUUCUGAGGUUGUGCGUGGAGUGAACGAAUGUAUUGUUAGGCUUGAGCCUGAUAAUGCGCGUAGGAUCACAGCAUUGAUGCAGAUUCCGGAUUACACUUCUGCAAAAGCCAAUUUUGGAACGGAUAUAGCCAUUGGCACAAGAACAGAACUUGACCCUGCUGCGUGGUGGCAACAGCAUGGGAUAAGCUGUUUGGAACUCCAGCGAGUAGCUGUUCGAAUACUGAGCCACACGUGCUCGUCUGUUGGGUGCGAGCCUAAGUGGAGCUUGUACGAUCAAGUCAACAGUCAAUGCCAGAGCCACUUUGGGAAAAAGUCAACAAAAGAUCUCGCUUACGUUCAUUACAACUUACGGCUCAGAGAGAAACAGCUGAAGCAACGGCUACAGCAUGAAGAUGGACCACCAGCGAGUCUUAACUAUGCUUUGCUGGAUCGGUUGCUCCCAGACUGGCUGGUGACCUCCGAAAAUGACGAGGAGGAGACUUUGCAAGGCGAAGAGGGACGAGAGAACGAUGAUCAUGACGACGAUGACGAAGAAGAGGCCGAGGAGGAGAACUGUUACAUGGAUUCUGGUAACGUUGAUGGUCACGGUGAAGACAAUCUUGAUCUUUAUGAUGAUGAUCUUAGCGAGGAUGAUUAUUAGUGUCGCUUUAGUAAUUAGUGCGACAAUCCUAACAAGUGUUCGUAUUUAGAAUUCGACCAUUGUAUCCUUUAAAUACAUUCGAAUUUAUGAUAAAUUUUGUUGGCUAUAAACCAUUUAGGACGCAGACAUCUUUGAUGUUAAAAAAAGUAGAAGCCUUAAAACCGGAUUAUUGCUCUGGUUUAAUCUUCUCUUUCUCUGAAUUUUUCA